AAGCAUCGGGCUGAGAGCCAAGAGUCCUGGGUUCUGGUCCUGUGAGUCAGUCGGCAUGAGAUGACUUUACAUGAUGCGUACACCAGAGGGAAUGUCACUUUGCUGCCAGGUUUCCUUUCAGCCAUCUCUACUUCUCAGCAUGGAAUUCUGCAAUGAACAAUGAGGCCUUGGGAGACUGCAAGCAUCCAAAGGACAGAACAAUUUCAUGCCUUGUGUAGUGGCCUUUCACUUCUUCGCAGACAAAGUGAAAUGGUACUUAGGAGGUGAUACCUUUCCCUGAAGUCCAAAUCACAGACCUUUUGGAUAUUGGCUAAGAAGUUUCAACACCCUGCUCGCCUUGGAAUUCUAACGGACUGGUGACAGAGACAUCAUGUCGUAGGGCUUGACGGGUUUUGCCAUCACUGAGUUGCAAUGGUUUUAUACACUGCCCCAUUUCCCAACAGCUUUCUGUCGGUUCUGCAUUCCUUUUCUUGGACCCUGAUCUUCCCAUGUUACUGGCUAGCAGACCGACUUCUGGCCUCUUUUGUACCCACCACCUAUGAGAAGCGCCAGAGGGCCGACGACCCAUGCUACUUUCAUGUUCUCUGCGUCAUUAUUACCACUCCCAUCUACUUGGCCCUCCUGGUUGCCUCUCUGCCCUUUGCCUUGAUUGGGUUCCUGCUGUGGUCUCCCCUCCAGUCAGCUAGGAGACCAUACAUCUAUUCCAGGCUAGAAGACAAAAGCCAGGCCAGUGGCUCUGCCCUACUCAGCGAAUGGAAGGCCGCGGGGACUGGGAAAAGCUUCUGCUUUGGCACUGCCAAUGUCUGCCUGCUUCCCGACUCCCUGGCGAGAUUCAACAAUGUCUUCAACACACAAGUCCGGGCCAAAGAGAUUGGGAGAAGGAUCCGUAAUGGGGCCAGUAGACCCCAGAUCAAAAUAUACAUCGAUUCCCCAACCAACACCUCCAUCAGUGCUGCAAGCUUCAGUAGCUUGGUAUCACCCCAAGGUGGUGAUGGCCCCAACCGAGCUGUCAGCAUGGGCAUUAAAAGGACGACGUCCAUGGAGUACAAGGGAGAUAACGGAGGAACAACGAACAGUGAGGAGAACAGAGACGCCAAAGCUGGUGUAGAACCGAAUGAGGGAGAAGACAGUGCCUGUAUCAUCCGCAUUGGUGGAGAAGAUGGAGCGCAGCUUUCAGACCCAGAAGUAGAUGCCCCCACUGGGCAGGUUGGCUGUCAAGCAGAUCCUCCGCUAGAGGCUGAAACGGAAGGUCAGAAGGGUCAAACCCACAACCAUAAGCAGAAAGAAGGGGACUCCGGGAGCUUAGACAGCUACACUACCUCCAGAGAGUCCCUGGUGAAAGUUCGAAUUGGAGAUGGCACCGUGGACCAAAGCGCCAUUAACAACAAGUUGCUCUACAAGGCCUCUGUGAUCAAGAAGACCUCUGUGAGAAAAAAGAAGCAUACCGACGAGAUCUUCGACCAUGAGAUCUCUGCCUUCUUUCCUGCCAACUUGGACUUCCUAUGCUUACAGGAAGUUUUUGACAAAAGAGCAGCAGAGAAGUUGAAAGAGCAGCUCCACCACUAUUUCGAAUACAUUCUUUACGAUGUCGGGGUCUACAGCUGCCACGGUUGCUGUACCUUUAAGUGUCUGAACAGCGGCCUCCUCUUUGCCAGCCGUUAUCCAGUUUUGGAUGCUGCCUAUCACUGUUACCCCAAUGGACGAGGAUCAGAUGCCCUGGCCUCCAAGGGAGCUUUGUUUCUUAAGGUGCAAGUGGGAAGUACACCUCAGGACCAAAGAAUCGUGGGAUAUAUUUCCUGCACUCACUUGCAUGCUCUGGCAGGAGACAGUACCAUUCGAUGUGAACAACUGGAUCUGCUUCAGGAUUGGCUGGCUGAUUUUCGAAAAUCUACCUCCUCCUCCAGCACAGCCAAUCCAGAGGAGCUGGUGGCGUUUGAUGUGAUCUGUGGAGAUCUCAACUUUGACAACUGCUCCUCUGAUGAUAAAUUGGAGCAACAGCACUCCAUAUUUACCCACUACAAGGACCCAUGCCGUGUCGGUCCGGGGGAGGAAAAACCAUGGGCAAUCGGUACCUUGUUAGACCCAGAAGGACUCUACGAUGAAGAAGUGUGCACCCCAGACAACCUGCAAAAGGUCCUGGAAAGUGACGAAGGGAGAAAAGAUUACAUCGUGUAUCCCACCAGUAAGAACCAUGGACCGAAUCAGAAGGGGAGAAAGAAUUUGGCAAAAGGGAGUGGCAGAAGGAUUGAUUACAUGCUCUACACGGAGGAAGGCCUCUACCUGGAAUGGAAAGCAGAGGUGGAGGAGUUCAGCUUCAUUACCCAGUUAUCAGGUCUGACAGACCACUUGCCUGUGGCGAUGCGCUUGAUGGUGUCCCCAGGGGAGGAGGACCCGUGAGACAGCAGAGCCUGAAGACAGCCAGACCCACAUCCUUGGGCCACAGAGGACUGUUCAGGUGCCACAUACACAAGACUGAAGAAGAGGAGACCUGGCUCUGUAGGAGACCUCCGUCCCCCCUCACACCUCCAUCGGCAGCAUCAUAAAUCUCUCCCAAGAGUGCAAUGGAUCUCCCCCUGGGGGCCAUAUGUAAGGGGAGGGAUUGUGAUACUCCAAACUGGAGCCCCUGUUGGAGUUGCCUUUUGUCUCUACAGUCUUCACUGUGGGCUGACGGGAGCCACAAAGAUCGGGCGGGGGGGGAGGGAGCCCAGUUCCUUUGACCCAGUGUCAUCCUCACGAAAUAUGUUUUUUUUUCCUACUACUAUACAGCACAAUUUAGUUUGUAAUCCGUCUGUGCGUUAGUGCUGCUUAACGGGUUUGGUAUCGUUUCUUUGACUACCUAUUUACAACGCUGACUGAUGCGUCUGUUUUGGGUUUCUUCGUUUCUUUUAGCCUGCUAAUGUCGUUGUGGCUUGUCUGUGCUCACGCAUGUGCUCGGACUGCAUGCACCCUCUGGAGGUGAAAUAGCCAUUAAGAUAGCUGUGGAGUAAGACUAGAGUAAGAAUUCAAAAUGUGAUGAGAAACGAGCCAAAGAAAUCCAUUCUGAGGCUGAGCCAAUUUUCUAUCUGUGCAGUGGGACUUUUAAGACAACAACAAUGACACUUCGAUCCAAUUUCUAGGAAAAAUACUGUGUUCCUUUUCAGGGUCCCAAAUUCAUGGGCCAUUAGAUUUAGAGAGAAAAGCAGUCCAACUCUGGGCUUGCUCUAUACCACAUAAUGCUUCGCUCUUCUUUGUAAUGGGAGAUGAUUCCCUUUGGCAAUAUCUGGUGUCCAUUUCCAGCCCUUCGGGCCGCCCGGCUAACAGCCUGCCAUUGACAUUGCCCCCUCGCUCGGUAGGACGGCCCUGAAAUCGUUUGUGACAGAUGGCUCCUAAUAGGGCUAGUUACAGCAGAGAGAAGCUGAGCUGCUGCUUCAGCGCACCCAGUGCGUGGCAAGGACAAAGUCAGAAGGUGGAUACCGUUUUCCUCCUGAAAGGAGGAGGAGAGGUGACAGAAGGAGAACUGAUACCGGGAGAGGGAGAGGCCUUCUGGAUGGGAAUAGUAACAAGAACAAUCGUACGACUUCUCCGUUGGAGCUUGCUGUUUCAUUUUCUUCUGGCCAAAUCGAUGGCUUCUCUUCUCCCUGCAAGAAUGGGCUUAGGCUCUCCCUGACACCAGCCCGCUCUGGUCUCUGAGCCAUCGCCCCAGCGAACUCUCCCCAGAGACCAUACUGGCAAGAGGCAGGAUCCGCCAUCUCUGUCCUGCGCAUCACUGGGCGAUUCAGAGCAAAUGGCUUUCCUGCUCUGUGCCUCGGUUUACUCACAUGCCUGGUGGGCUGAUGGUUCCUACCUCACGAGCCCGGCUGGGGCCGGAGGAGGCGGCCGCAGAGGGUCCCGGCCAGGACAGCCCCACAGGCAGAUUGCCCUGCUGUGGAUUUCCAGCAGGGAAGCAGCUACUUCCUCAGAGAGAACAUUUUCUCCAGAAUGAGGCUGCCUGACUUUGAGCAGAGGGGUGACUGCCGAUUGGCUCCGGCCUCUAUUCAACACCCCUUCCCACCCUUUCACUCCCUGUCGCUCAACUUUUACCUCCUUCCUUCCUACAGGCGGUCGCGGUGCAGCUGGUGAAGGGGGGGGCGAGGCUCGGGCGGGAACCACCCGGCCUGCCCAGCGAGCUUUAAUCCUCCAAACCCGCCAGACCAUACGCCAGCUUGAGGGCUGUUUUGGCAACACCAAGCUCACAGCCAAAGCCUGUCCCCUGUGGCUGAGACAGGACCUGAGCACAGGCUUGCUGGUGUCCAACACUAGCUCCCGGGGCUGGUGGCCCUCGAACUCCUCUGCGUCGGCCUGCCUGUCUGCACAGGUGGGCCAUGGGUGUGUGUGUGUACUCAUGCAUGGUAGGUGUGAGAUGAACAUGUGCACGAGCGCGCACACACACACACACACACACACACACACACGCAGGGAGCUCUGCAGGCAAAUGACUUUACCAGCUGCUUGCCUUUCCGGGGGUCUCAGCAAAAUCCAUCCUUAACACAUCACCCCCCAACCCUGCUUUCUCUCUUGCUCAGGCUCUGCGCCGUUUGUCCGUUUCAGGCUGCUCAGCACGCAACGCCUAGAGGCGUGAUUGGGGCUGAGCAGAUUAACCCCGAGGGGCAGGAUUGCCCAUCUUUGUCCUACACGUGCAGAUCAGGCUGAGACCCCAUUCCCAGAGCAGCUGGAGCCUGGGGGCCAAGGCCCUGCUCCCAUGCUGACACCUGCUCCGUGGGGGACUCACUGCCAGUCGGGCUUGUGACCUCUGCCCUCAAGCUGUCUCCAUCCAAAUGAUUUCCAGUUGAAACUGGGGACUCGCAGUCUCUGAAAGAAACAGUUGGGCCCAUUCCUCUGCCCUGGAGACAGGUGGGGAUGGGAUGUUCCCAAUUUUGAGGCCCGUCGUUUCAUUGAUUUAGACUCUCUUGGGGAUUUUUGGUGAUCACUCCGGAUAAAGUGAUUGUUCUUCACCCACAGCACCCCAAGCCCUUACUCACGACUGUCUUACAACCCCAACACAACCCAUGGCCAGG